AGAUGAUGACGUCAUUGACUGUCGGCAGGAAGUGUUUUUGUCCCCAUAGCAAAUUUGAACAUGAGGCAAAUAAGCCGUUUUUUACUGAACUACGGGGACAACACACGCUGGAUUUAAAGGUGGGGGAUUGACCAGACAUGGACAGCCCCAAAGGGGGAAGACCGUGGGGAAAGCUUGUCAAAGUGGACUCAAGUGAAACCGUUCUUCUUUUCAGCAGAGAAUGCACAGUUGGCAGGAAAAAGGGAUGUUAUCUGUCAUUUCCAGCCAAUAAACUUGUCUCAGGGGAACACUGCAAGAUAGUGAAAGAUCAAAUCUCAGGGCUUGUAUGGAUUGAAGACACAAGCACAAACGGAACAGUGAUCAACAUGUCCAAACUGAUCAAGGGACAAACUCACCUGCUGCAAAAUGGAGACGUCAUCUACUUUGUGUACAGGAAGAGUGAACCACAACAAAAUAUUGCUUAUGUUUACCACACUAUCAAGAUGGAGCAGGGCGAGUCACUACACAGCUAUGGCAUGGAGAGUUCAGCCCAGAGUUACUCAGCUGUUCCAGAGUCGGAGAUGAUUCUCUCUGUGGAGCCACUCAUCCUCACAAAGACUCCCAGAGACUUGGCCCAAGAUGAGCCAAAGCCUUCAACUUCUGCUUCCCAUUUCUGCAUUGAGAAUCCCUCUUCUUCUGGCACCACAGUGAUCACAACGUCUUCAUCCUCUGGCCCACCUAAACAUGCAGCUCCUGCACAAAAACAUGAUACAGACCAUCUGGAACCUAAACUUAAGAGGAGGAAAAUGUCUGAUGUUUUAGAUAAAGAGUGUGCAUCAGAUUUGCCAUUCACUGCCUGUCCUGAAGUGGCUGGAUCAGCUGACAAAGACUCAUCAAAAUCAGCAGUUAAAGAAACCAAGACGGAUAAGAUGGAAGAAUCCUUGACUUGUGUUAUAUGCCAGGACCUGCUGCAUGACUGUAUCAGCUUGCAGCCUUGCAUGCACGUCUUUUGCGCCGCCUGUUACUCAGGCUGGAUGGAGCGCUCAUCUCUCUGCCCGACGUGCCGCUGUCCUGUAGAGAGGAUUUGUAAAAACCACUUCCUCAAUAACCUGGUGGAGGCAUACCUCACACAGCAUCCAGAAAAGUGUCGCAGUGAGGAGGACCUGAAGAGCAUGGACAGCAGAAACAAGAUAACUCAAGACAUGUUGCAGCCAAAAGUGGAGCGUCUGUUUUCUGAUGAAGAGGGCAGCUCCGACUACCUCUUUGAAUCAUCUGAUAAUGACAGCGACUCCUCAGACACUAGUCAGCCUUUAGUGAUGUGCAGACAGUGUCCCGGCUACAGGAGCUACAUGAGCCAAGUGCUGCUCACCACAAGUUCAAACUGCUGGUUUGCUGGUCUGCCAUCACUACCAGCUGUACUCUCAUCAGCCAAGCCAGCAGGUGAAGAGGAAGCAGCAAAGCUGACAGGAGAACAGCCCUCAACAUCCUCUGAAGCCACAUCAGCUUCCCAGGUGUACUGCUGCCCCCCUCAGGGUCGCCAUGUCCUCUGCACCUGCUGCCUCCAGCCGAUGCCGGACAGACGGGCAGAGCUCAGCAGUCUGCCGGGCUUUGCUCAACAGUGUAUGCUGUGCCAGCAGCCUUUCUGUCACAUGUACUGGGGUUGCCAGAGGAUUGGAUGUCAAGGCUGUCUGUCUCGAUUCAGUGAGCUCAAUCUCAAUGACAAAUGUCUGGACAGCGUGCUGAACAACAACACCUAUGAGUCAGAGGUUCUCAAGAACCACCUGUCAUCCAAGGGGAAGACGUGGAAAGAUCUGCUUCAGGAGUCUUUGGAAGGCUUGCAGGAGGGAAGCUUUUCUCUGACAGAUAACGUUUCUGGAAACACCAUCCUGUGCUUCUGCUGCGGCCUGCGAGCCUUCAAGGAGCUGGCCUACAAGUACAGGCAGAACAUCCCAGCGUCUGAGCUGCCAGCUACUGUAACAUCUCGCCCUGACUGUUACUGGGGGCGUAACUGUCGCACACAAGUCAAGGCCCAUCAUGCCACGAAAUUCAACCACAUCUGUGAGCAGACGCGUUUCAAGAACUAAAGCAAAUUCCUGCAUCUGCGUGUCCAUUGCUUUUAGGAAAUGCGUGACCCAGCCCCCGUUCUGCUGUGAACCGCCUUAUGCUAUCAUCUAAUGCACAUAUCACAAUCAGAGUCCAUUUACAAACAACUGUUUGAAUCAGGGUUGUGUGGAAUAAAGCUGUACAGCAUAACAGAAAAUCCAGGUCCAAGAGGAAACUAUACCAACUAAUGUUUGGAUGAGGUUUUGUUUGCGCUAGUUUAUAUCAGUCAGGUGAUCAACCACUUCCCAAAAAGCCUUUUUAAGGAUAUGUGUUUGCUUUGGCUGAAGAGACCUGAUACACUAAAAUAGAAUUUAUACUUGUGUUAAAUAUUGUGUUGAAUAAAAUGAGAGAUGCUAUAAAGGUUUUCCCCGAGUCAAGGUGUAAACAAAACCUUUACUUAUCAUCUUAUAAUAGAGAUUUGGUCAGUGUGAGAUUUAGUUUGACCCCUUUGAACUGGGGCACAAUCAUGUUCCCAAGCGAGGGCAAAAAAGCCAUGUCAAAGCCCCUCAUGCACGUACUGGGGGUAGGUAUGUAAUCCCGUGUGAUGUUAGCGUGGGAUUUCAUGUCUGUGGGAAGGGGGGGGGCUCUGUUGUAUGCUUUGUUCUGGAUAAUCAUCUCCAAGGUGAUUUAACGUAGUGGAGAAGGGCCACGUAGUAGGAAGGGCUAAUCUGUAAUGCGAUGCACAGCUAUCCCAUGAGAACUGAACAGUGGAAUAUAUAUAUAUUACCUCCAUUUUCUUUCUUUUGUUCUUACAUUUUCCAUCUCUCAGGUAUUGGAAGCUGCAGAUUUGCCGCUCAGAGUUGGAUGUCAUAAAUGGGAGGACCUGAGGUGCACUGACCUCUCUGUCAUCACCCGAGUCUCUACCGUCAAAACAUGCAAAGUGAUGCGGUAAAAAAAGCAAUGUCCCCCUUUCUAGUUUUCUUUCUGUUUUUUGCCUCAUUUAGUUUGGCCCUCUCCCACAGAAUAGUUUAAAAGGCCUUAAAUCGAUAUAUUUUUGGUGUUCAUUUGAUGACUGUUUUGUAGUAUAUCUGGUACUUAAGAAUAGAAAUCAGUAAAUACAAGCCACCUUGGAGCCUUUGAGUGACUCCUAAAGUUUUUAUUUUGUUCAUAAAGAAGGAUUUUUGCACGUGUUCCAUUUCUUUUUCUACUCUGUAAACUUUCUAACUGAUCAUAACUGUGUAUGCGACCUUAAGGACGUAUUUUGUGAUUUCAAAUGUAUUUCAUUCCAGUGUAAUUAAUAAUUAAUAAUCACAUUGAAACAAGUAGAUGUAUAGUUCAUCAUAGCUUGAGAAAAUUGUAUUUUUUUUCUAUCUGAAUACCUUUGGGUGGUUUUUGUUGUGAUUAUGGAUGCGUUGGACUGUAGCUCAAAUUUUCAUUGGAAAAAAAAAAUCAAAUCAGCACUUUCAUGUCAACUACCUGAGCUCCCGAUUUAAUCUGUGAUAUGAGCAAAGUGUUUCGGUGACUUUUCGGACAAAUUAUUAUUUUUUUUUAUCUUUCCAUUCAUGCCGUUUCAUAUCAGCAUACCAGCACAGCUCAAGUCAUCCCUUCACCCUUCCCUUUGCAACAGAACGACUAAGUUUGAAUUAUUUCCUGCUGGAGGUCUGUACGCUCUAAGCUAACAAUCUCAGUCAGGAAGGCUUUAGAGGAUUUUGGACGAGUACUUUUGAGUUUGUCCUUGGAGUGAUUUAUGGGGGUCGUGUUGCAGACUGGACACUUUUUUUCUUCUAAGUGUCUUAAAAAGUCCAGACUAAGCUGCUCUGGAGUAAAUAAUCAAAAGGGUUCAGUUCUACCUCAGUGCAGCUCUCUGGAUUGCAGGUCAAAACUGAUUUAUGGACUCAGAAUGCUCAACAGUGGUGGGGGCCGUCCAUCCAUCAAUGUUUUCAGAAAACAACCACUCUACCUCCUGAGUCAGGAGCAGCUGCCCAUCAAUGCAGUAGAAAUAUCUUUCAAACCGGAUCAUAGCGAACAUCUUUGCAAAAGAGUAACUCUGGGUAGAAGCUAAAAUCUAAGAUGGUAAAUGGGUUCAAUUUCCUUCCAUAUGUUCAACUGCUCAUUUCUGCCAGAGUGGAAUCCUGUAGAUGCAAUUAAAUGACAUUAGUGAAAAAAAAC